AUGUCUUCUCGUCAACCCAACAUGGCCAAUAUGGCCCAGAGAAAUACCCAACAGGGAGCUGCUCACCAGCAGCAGAACCAGCCUUUCAUGCAGAAUCAGAAUGGCCUCGGGCAGAUGCAGCAGAACCAGAACCAGAUGACUGGUGGUUUCACUUCUCCUUUUGAUAAUACAAACAACAACACCAACUCCGGCAGUCCCAUGGUGGUUGGGCCUCAUCACUUUAACCCUCAGCGGGUCCAAAACUCCUCUUCUACUCCCAACAUGGCCUCGGGCAACCCCAGCUUUGAGAGCUUCACUCAGUCUCAGACCCCCUUCAUGUCCACCAGCCAGAACCAAUUCCUUGGCAACAUGCAAGACUCGGUCAUUGGUAAUGCUCAGAUGCCUUUCAUGAAUGACCCGAGCAUGCAGCCUCCUUUCUUUCAUACUCCUCCCAUGGGAAAUGUUCAGGCUCCCUUCAUGAGCGACACCCAAGCUUCUGCCAUGAACGACUCUCAAGGUUUCGUUCAGCAGACGUCUGGUCUUCGCGCCACUGCGCCCUCCUUCACUCCCGCUCAGAGCAGCCCUGUGCCUCAGCAGAGUGCCGCCUCUAUGGCCAACAUGCAAUCCAACAUGACUCCUCAAAUGCACGCGCACAUGCAGCGGAUGAAGAUGCGCAUCAAUCAGCAACAAGCAAUCAUCAACAGCAUCAUGAGGCGACAGUCUGGGUCCUCUGCCCAGUCCAAAUUCCAACACGGACCAGCUCUUCAGACACAGCAGCGAAUGCAGCAGCGAAACCAAACUCCUACCACUCAGGUUCCUAGCCCUCGUGCUUCUACUCCUGGAACAGCUGCUGCUCAAGUUUCUGCUACUCAGCCUCGUCCUGUGCCAUCCUCCGUUACUCAGGAUCCUAUUGCACAGUUCCUUUCUGUUCAACCUCCUAUCGCACAGAACUCUACAAACGAGCCUGUUGCGGCCCAGUCUCCUACUGCUGUGUCUCCAACUACUGAGUCCUCUGGUUCUCAGGGUGGCAACACCAUGCAGACUGCUCCGGCCCUGAGUGCCAACCCAAACUCCAUGACUGAGCGAGGUUCUCGCGUGACUCAGAGGGACAGCUCCUUGACUCAAGUUUCAAGGGUGAUGAACACUAACCUCGCAAUGAACCCUCGUACACGUCUUCUUCCCCAGGAUGUCAGACCUCAUGCCCCUCCUCCUCCUCAACACAAACUCAAAGAAUUCCUUGUUGAUGGUUCUCUCAAGGUCGUCAUCCCAAACUUAUUUGAUGAUCAGCCACCAACUGCCCAAACUUCUCCUACCAAGGACUCUUCAGCAGAGGAGCCUUCUACCCCAGCUUCUUCAAAUGGCUUUUCAUCUUUCGAGGAUUGGUCCAAGGCGCCUGUCUAUGCUCCUGGUCUCUUUGCUCCUCGGCGCUCUGAUGGACCCGAGAAGCUAACUCCAAAGGAAAAGAAGCUUCGCGAGGCCGAGGACAACGGCGAGCAAAUCUUUCCCAGCAAACGCCGCGUCGUUCGCAUCGACCCUGAAGACCCUCGAUUGAUUCGCGAUGAAAACGGUUUGCCUAUCACGCCCCAAGGUGAUUGCUACAACAUCUACUACCUCCCCGGACCCAAGAAAUUAGACGCUGCAGAGCUCAAUAGAAUGCUGAUAGAGAUUCGAACGGAGAAGAAGACUGCCAUGGAUGAAGCUGCUAAGACUGGCGAGCCGAUCCAGAACUCAAAGUCUACAAAGAGGACCAGGAAAUCCAAGACUACGAGGCAGACCAGAGUUCUCAAAACCCCAUCCGAGAACAUCGUCAACAAGAAGCGACGCAAGAGCACUACUACUGCUACUACUACUAUUUCUACUACUAACGUCGCUGGCGAUGCUCAACUUGCCACUACUCUCGGCGCUCAGCCCUCUCUGAACAACGGUCCUAUCGCUCAAGCUUCCAACGACCCCUUCACUAUCCAGAGUAACACUGCCCUCCCUGCACCAUUUGCCGGCGGCGACGCCUUCAAUCGGCAACCUUCGAUGAGCUUAUUCCCUCCCCAAGUUAUCCUUGACAGUGACUUCACUCAGUCAUUCACUGCUGGCAUCACUCAACCACCUACCACUGGCGGUAACUUAACUCUUCAACUCGCUCAAGAGAGCAGCUUCACUUCUCAAACCACCAACGAACAACCCACGGCCAACCUCCUUGGCAACGACUUCGCUUCCCAACCUUUCAACCCCUCGGACGAUAGCGCCCUCCAGCCUACUGAGGACUUUACCAACACCAACGAUCACAGCUUUGAGAUUCCUGCUGACCUCGAUCCCAUGUUUGUUGACACCAGAAAUACCCCUUACGAGGACUUGCCUCUCGAUACUGAGCCUUUUGCUCAAUUCUCCUCCACGCAAUCUGGUUCUUCCCAGUCCCCAUCGACUCCCGUCUCUGAUUCUGGCGCUGCCAAAACCCUUGAUCACGAUCUUUCUGCUGUUGUCGCAUGGCUUGUUGGCCAUUCUGAGGAUGCUUCUGCUGUCACCUCUCAAGACCAGCUGGCUCAGAUCGAAGUCAAUGCUUCUAUGCCCCAUGUUGUCGACCCCUCUCUGUCUGUCCCCGUUCUGGACAUUUUCAAGACUUGUCAUCCUGAUCUGUCCCUCAGAGACAAGGACACUUUGUCUGAGCCAUUUGACGAGAUCUCCAUGUUUCCCCAAGACGAUGAACAAGGCACCCAGCUGCGCAGAGUCUCCAACGAGCUCGAUCGACCUCUCCCAGAGCAGGCUGACAUUACAGUUUUUGUUGCUGAUAUCCCCAACCCAUACAACCGAGACUUGGACGCUGAGCGCGCUGGCCUCACUGAGCGGUUCCGAGCUGGUGACUCUUCUAUUGACGUCGAUGCCGUGAACAGGCAGACCGCGGGAGUGACCGAAGGCAUGUCCCCAGCUGAUAUUCCGGUCUUUUCGGACGACGUCCCUCUGAAUAUCUUUGCCAGUCUUGAAGACCUCCCUGAAAACAACCUUCAGGACCCCAGCGCUACUACUGGCAACGACAACACUAUGUUCCCUGUUGCUGGCUGUUCAGACUUCAACUCUUCUAACGCUACUGGACCUGCCUCAACCUGGCCUCCUGCCGCACCUAAUGUGAGCCUUGCAGAUAUGCCGUAUUCUCCCGUUGUGGCAUCUCAAGAGACUCAAGAUGCCCCUUUCCAGCCUCCCCAGGGCCCCGAGUUCCACCCCCAAGACCCUUACAAGAACCUCUUUGAGGGAGUAUUCCUGAACCCUGCCGUAUUGAACCAGACAACCACCACUACUCUACCUACUUCCACAACCACAACCAACACCACCAAGACUGGUAACAACAAGCGCAAGGCGGGUGAGGAUGCCAGUGCCGCGCCCAAGAAGAAGGCUCGCACCAAGAAGGCCCUUGUCCCGCAACUCGCGUUGCCCCAGUGCGAAGUUCGCUUUGGUCCUGGCGCGCAGCAGUAAAGUACGAGUCAUGAGAGGAGAUCAAGAAUGAUGAGAAUGAUGUUGCUUGCGGUGGAUAUGAAGGAUGAAUAAAUGAUCAGCUAGGGGCAGAGCCCAAUGAUGAAGAAGGAUGUUUGGUACAUGGUUU